CACGCGAGGGCUCUCCCAUCACGCCCGUCGAAGAAGGCGAGCCAGGUUCUACUGGUGAGCGUGGAAGCUCUAAGGUGCACCAACUGGUGGAGAUGUACGACGGCAUCGCAAGGAAGAGCAACAACCCCCCCGAGCUGGUGCCUCCACCAAAGCGAAGCACAAGCCAAUCGCCGAUAGCCAUAGAGUUCUCGCAAUCGGCUGACAUAAAAGCUACCGACCUCAAAAGCAGCAAAGAAGCUGUUGGCGAAAGGAAUUUCACGUCAUCGUCACCGGACCGAAUCGAUGCAAGGAAUGCCACGGGGCAGGAUAAAGCCAUAUUGAACGGCGAAUAUAUUGAAGCUCAUGUUAUGCCGAAGGGACUCCAGGCGGAGCACCAAAUACCCAGGAACUACGCGGAUGAUCACUUACCUGGAAACGACCAUUCGGAAAUUCUUUCGACCAAAGUCGCAAACCACGAACCCUUCAAGGUCGACCUCGAGCAGGUUGAAUCCCUAUUUGCAUUCUCUGCAAGCAAUGUAACAGGCGCGGAUGUUGAAGUACCUGAUCAAGUCAUCGUUGAUAGCUUUGAGAGUGUCUCUGAGCGGAGAAUGUGGUAUCGUCUCUCGCGUUAUGAGUCACUCAGAAGAUAUGAUACGGGAAAUGAUGACAAUUACGUUCGUAUCACGUGGGUCUCAUCGACCGUAAGGUCAGACGCCUUGAAGACGGUCCGCCGCUGGAUGGAGGAAGACUCGAUAGGGCAAAGGCCUUUUCGAACGGGCGUGGCGAAAGGCGUAGGUGGUCAUGGCUUUGGAUGGGACAAGGCCAGCACACAGGUUGAUCUCGAGAACUUCUUCAGCCGAAGGCAUCUCAAGAAAAAUGACACCCUGGCCACCCCUCAACGCUCAUCCAUGAUUGGACAGUCUCCUGGUCCAGCCAUUCUUGUCAACGAGUCACGACCUCUGAGUCUGCCACCGCUGGCUGUCAAUUUGAACACCUGGCAUGAUCAGGCUGCCCUUGGCUGGACCACUGGCCGCGAUAAGUUACAAGAUGGCACACGCGAAACCCCACCGAUGAAUCGUGCAACAUCAGAUGACCGUGGUUGCAGAGACCACGAGUCUUCUCCUAAUCAAAAGUCGAGCGAGCAUACAUCAUCGCCUAUUCCGGACGGCCUCGCCAUACGAACGAACCUACCGCUAGCAGAUACACAGGAAGACGAGGACGACGAGUGGGGUGAGAUGGUGACACCAUCAGUCGACAACUUUCCCAAAAUUGCUGGCUCGGAGAUACAUGCUCAGGCCGCAACUGUCUCGAAGCCAGACGACUGGGGCUUUGGCAAAUGGGUGGACAACGAAGCGACAAAUGCACAAGCAGUUACCCCCCAGACACCCAUUCUGCCAGCCAUAAUGCAGCAGAUUCCUCAGACAGUCGAAGAAGUUGCAGCUCCUGGAUCUUCAUCAAAGAGCGACUACCUCAGUAACGAGCUGACUGUCGACCAAUUCGUCCGAAAUUUGCCAGAUUUGUCUUACAUGUUACGAUAAUCGCCAACCGACAAAUGAUAGGUUUAUCACCUAGCACGAUUAUGUAUAACCUCCCAGGGCGCAUGGGACAUCCAUUGGAGAUAUAACGUCGCCUGGAUACGGCAAAAUGUAUAUACCGAAUUGUACAAC